AGGCCGCGGGGCCGCCGGGGGAAGGGAGAGAUGAUAGGAAGUGCUGUCAAUCCUCUGACACCGUGCCCUGGAUCCUCAUGGUAUGUCUGAAGGACACAUCUCUGCAUGUUCUGAAUAUGCCAGGUGAAGCCCAAGAAUAACUUUCCACGGGAGUUUGUGACCUCUUAAAGAGGAAGAAGUCAAGAGAGGGCAACUUUUAUUCUGUAUUUAGCCCUAGGUUGUCCUCAUGAAUACUCCCGUGGAGAAUGUCCAUGAUCUUCUUUGCCUGCGUGGUGAGGGUGAGGGAUGGGCUUCCCCUCUCAGCCUCCACAGAUUUCCAUCUCAACCAGGACUUUCUGGAGUGCAGGAAGAGGCUGAAGGCGUUGUCCUCCAUCCUGGCGCGGUACCCCAGUCGGGGCACGGCGAAAGGACGUAACCUGAGCAUCCAUUUCCUUUCUUCUGGGGAUAUUGCCUGCAUGGCAAUCUGUUCCAGCAGCUACUCAACCAUCAUGGCCUUCUGCUUCCUGGAAGAGCUUCGCUGGGAAUUUGCUGCUUCCUACAACACAAGGAGCAUCAAUUCAGCUUCCAGACCAUAUGCUUUUAUUGAAUUUGAUAACACCAUCCAGAAGGUGAAGCACCAUUUCAACAGCAGCCGUGGCUCCCGGGCCAGGGCCAGCUGGGAGAGGGUGGAGGAGGAGCUGAAGCUGCAGCCCCCAGUGCAGCUGCAGCUGGAGGCCACGGAGCUGCUGAACGGGCUGAGCAAUGGAGGGCACGCAGGAGGCCAUGUGGAGGUUGUCCCUACUUACAGAAUGCAGCCUGUGACCGCCCUGGGGAUUCUGUCACUUGUUCUGAACAUCAUGUGUGGAGCUCUGAACCUCAUCCGAGGAGUUCACCUGGCAGAAUAUUCCUUUCAGGAGGACCAUGAAGGCAUUGGAAAUGUGAUAGCUUUUUUUCUACCUUUUCUAGCCUGUGUUUUUCAGUGUUACCUGUACCUCUUCUACAGCUCAGCCAGGAAGGUGAAGACAUUUGUGCUCCUUUUCUGUGUCUGCUCAUGCAACAUCUACUUGUAUGGAUUGAGGAACCUCUGGCAAAUCUCCUUCCACAUAGGAGUGGCUUCUCUUUCCUCUUAUCAGAUCCUGACAAGGCAGCUCCUGGAGAAGCAGCCUGACUGUGGCGUAUGAAAAAAACCAAAACUUGGGGUUUGCUACUCUGUUUUUACAACUCCUUUUUUUUGUAUUCACCUGGCCAAAAGUAGCUCAGAGCGUUUUUUAGUCAUCCAUGGCAAUGGUUCUUGCAAGGAGAACAGUUCCAAGCAACUUGGGAUAAGCAGGAUCCUGUAAUUGUGUCCAGCACCCAGCAAGGGGUGCAGCUGGAUUUCACAUGGUGCACGGUGGAGCUUGUCAGGUGUCACCACAGAUGGAAGUUCUUACCAUCAGCAGGCUUUUCCUCCUUGGGUGCCACCAUCCAGGCAGCAUUUUGCCAUUUGUCUGUGACAGCUUGGCAGGUCAGUCUUGCCCUGCUGCUGCAAAUACUCAAAUUGUGUAGUAAAACAAAGGUAAAGUGAUGGGCAACAUUUUUGUCUCUAGAUUGUCUUGGUAAAUAUGAGUAAAGGGGUUGUUUGCUGUAAUUAGGUGAGUGCAGUAUCAGUGGGAAAAUGCUGAGGGUGAGCUUCAGGAUCAUUUUUCUAAGUUUGGAAGGACAGGGAAAAGCUGUGGCUCUUUUAUAAACCAUAAAUUCUAUAAAUAUCUCCUUGGCUGAACAGCACAUUGCAGUUAUGUGUGUGCUCAUGGGUUAAUUGCAAAUAUGCUUGGGGCAGCAGAAAAUAAUCCAAGUGGGUGUAAGUGAUCUGUCAGCUCUUGUGGCCUUUGUUUCCUUGGCUAAGGUCACUUUUAGGAUAAGGGCAAUUCCUUCUUUGCUUGGCCUGUAUGGAUAAUAAAUCUUCCAAGCCUAUUUGUGACAGGCCACUGACUCCUUCACCUUUUUUUAACAAAAUGAGUAGCUGGUGAGUAGAAAGCCAUUUCCAGGAAUGGAAAGCAAGAGCAGGUUCUCUUUGUUCUGUAAAACACCUGUGGGUAAUGGAGGUGAAUUCUUACACUCAGAUGAGUUUCUGGGUGUGCACUUUGGGGUAGGGGACUGGAAUUCCCAACCUCUGCUGCACUGGCUGUUCUGCUCUGUUAUGGAUCCAGGUGCACAGGGGCAUUUUAGGGCAUAGAUGAAUAAUUUAGGCUGGCUGUUAAAAAAAUGCAUAGCAGUUUGAUGCAGCUGUCCUUGAGGGGUUGUAGAGAUUCAAUCUGAGAUGUAGAGAAGUGUGGGUAUGUUAUUGUGGAAUUACAGUCCUAAAAUUUCCAUUUUUUUUUUUUCUUUUCUGGUCAUCCCCAUUUCUUUCACCAAAGAUUUCUUUUUCCUCUCACAUAGUCUCUACCUCUGGUUGCAAAGAGAUUAGCAUGCAGCAGAGUUGUCUUUUUUUUUUUUUUUUUUUGCAGGAGCACUUGACAAAAUUCCUUUCUUUUAUCUCAGUGAGUUUCCCUGGAAUCUCAGGGAAAUCAAACACGAGGAUCAGACCAGAAAUUUGUGGUGCUGGAGCUUGGAAGCACUUCUGGAUGCAGCUGGCUGCAGCAGCAGCAUCCUUGGGCAGCCCAUUACAACAUUCUAGGACAUCAGGGGACUUAGUGCCAGAGCUUUUCCCAGGAGGAAAAUGCAGGGAUUUCUUUUUCUCUGCACUUACUGUAACAGCAACGUGAUAAAAACCUCCAAACUCUAAGGAAUAGUCUGGUAGGGAUGAUGGAGGAAUAUUUUAGGCAGGCAUUUUAAGGACACAGCUCGAGCUGUGUGCCAUAAGGGAAAGGUUUUCUGUUAUAAGGGAGGGGAUUCAAGUUUGUCUGUCAUUAUCCCAGUUUUCUGUCAGAGUGCAAGUGGAGAAAUGGAGCCACAAUUCAACCACUGUCCCUGAGACACCAAGGUGACCCCACAGAUGUGAGGGGUUUUUUUGUGCUGCUCUUAAUUUUCAUUCUGUUCACUCCCAGUUUUCCCUGGUAAAAACUUCUGGAGACUGCAGGGAACUCAUGAGUUUGGAUUACAAGUUAAAAAAAAAUAAAAAAAAAAAUCUGAAAAA